AGUCAUGAUCGGUCAGUUAACUCCAAAACUGUGAUAAAAACUCUGUUGGUGAAACCAGGUUUAGAAACAAAAAUUGAGAAAACCAUAACAGAAUUCAUAUAUCAUUUUCUUAUUUUGUUAUGCGAAAGAAAAUGAAGCCACAAAGGCCAGGCAAACGGAAAAGUCCAUCACGUAAUGUUGUUUUUGAAGUGAGUGAUAAUGAUGUAUCCCCUGAACAUUCAGGCAGUGAUAUUGAUGAGCCAGAGGCCAAAAUAUUCAAACCUCAGUCAGCUUUUGUGGAAUCUGUUGUAAAUGCACUAGAUGAUCUGGAAGCUGAGGCUGCAUGUGUAGAGCCUAGUGCUGAAUUGACUUCAAAUAUUCCUGCUGAAUUAACCCCAGCAAAUAUUCCAGAAGUUGAGCAAAAUGUAAAUACUGACACUGAUAACUUGCCUAUAACUAGGCAUGAUAAUCUUGAAGUAUCAAGUAUUGACAAAGUUUCAAACAUAUCAAGUCAGGUUGGCAUUGACAAAGAAAUGGAAGUAGUUGAAGUUGAAGAGAAAAGUGAAGAAGUUACCCCAGAAACUAAUAUUGAAAUUGAAAUUAAUGAAAAGAAAGAUGAACAAAUGGAUAAGAAAAUUGUCCAGCACAUUGACAGCAAAAUGAAGGAAGAAAAUACAACUCUUAAAAGUGAAGUUAUGAUGGAAAUAUCACAUCCUGAUGAAACUGAUCAGUACAUUAGGAUAAGUUUCAGUGAUGAAACAACAUCAGAAUUGUACAAGUUCAAAUUCUUGAAAUUUCUACAAACCUUUGUGGAAUUAGAGGUAGAGUCUGAUGAUAAAUUAAAUAUUUCUGUAAAAAGGGAUACCCUUCUGAAUCCCACUGAAUGGGUUGUUUUGGAUGCAACUAUGUGUUUAAAUGAACAUGAACAGAACCCAGUUACCCCAAUUAAAAUGCCAUUGAAAGAUAAAACUCCUAAGAAAAAGAAGAAAAAAGACAAGAAAGACAAGGGAUUGUUUGUACUUGACCCAAAUCCAUCUGCAUCUGAAACAAACACAUAUUCAAUAUAUUCUAGCAAAUUUAACAUUGAUUUGGCCACUGAAAAUGAGGAACAAGAUAACAUAAGAAUUUCUACACAAACUUGUUUCAAUUGUGAUGGAAGCCAUGCUUUGAAAGAUUGUCCUGCACCAAAAGAUUUUGGUAGAAUAUCAGCAAUGAGACAAAAAUUUAAAGCACAAAGACAAGUAUCUCGAUAUCACCUAGAAGAUGACCAGAAAUACAGUCAUUUAGUACCUGGGAAGAUUUCCAGUCAACUGCGGGAGGCACUAGGUUUGAAGAAAAAACAGUUACCAUUUUAUAUCUAUAGAAUGAGACUAUUAGGUUACCCACCGGGGUGGCUAGAGGAAGCCAAAAGUGUCAAUUCUAAUUUGAAUAUGUUCGAUGCUGAUGGUAAUAAUGUUCGACAUACUGUCAAACAAAAGCAGGGAUUGGAUCCUGAUAAAAUUGUGGACUUUCCAGGAUUCAAUGUGCCCAUGGAUAAAAUUUUUGAAGACGAAUUUAGACAACAUCGGGUGCCUCCAUACUCGGAAAAUUACAGCAAGCAAGUAAUGCUGGACUACUUUGAAAAACAGAAUGCGAAUAAUGAUAGUGACAUGGAUGUUGACUCUCCAAACGAUGAUUCAGUGUUAGAAAAUAGACCAAAAACAAUUUCACCAGUUCAUGUGAGUUUCAUUUCGAUUGAUAUCAUAAUGAGUCAUCUAUAUAAUGUUUUCAUUUUUUCAGGCGGAUGAAGAUUCAAUCACAGAAUUGGUGAAGCAAAAGGAGAUCCUUUUGGAAGCUCUACAAGAUAAUAAUUCAGCUCCUGACCCCAAAACGGAUAACAAUAAAAAUGGAAAAAUUAUUGAAGACAGUGUCGUUUCUCAGACGACUAUUAAAAACGAGGAUUCUGCAUUGGAAAUAUCCCAAUAUUCCCAAUCGACGUUAUCGAUUUUAGUAUCUGAAACCCUGAAUGACGAAGUGAAUGAAGAUUGUGCCCUAUCACCCCCGUUGAAUGAUAGUAUCAGUUGCAUUAAGGGAAGUGCCUUCGGUACUCCUAUUCUGAAAAGUGGUUCCCCAUACUCGACAAUUCCAAAAUCCGAUAAUUUCAUGAAGGACGUCAGCCCAGUUAUCAAUUUUGAGAAUUUACCGAAUUCGACGGGGAAAUACGAGCAGAUGACGAACGUUUUGCAGAAAGUUAGGAAGACCUUGAAACAGAAGCAAGACUGUGAAACUUGAUUGUCUGUUACUCCAAUUGUAAAUACAUCUGUUUUUUU